AUGACAAAGAAAGGUUCGUCGGCAGCCUCAUCGCCGUCGGAUGCAUUGGAUAAUGGUGGCGGUGGUGGGCCAGGUCGGUUUGUAUGUUCAAUGUGUGCGAAAGUCUAUCGGUCUGGUGCUGGACUCCGUUAUCAUAAACGAAAAAGACAUCGAGGCAUGGUCGAACCAACCGCGCUCCAUCGAGUCAAGUGCCAAGAACCUGGUUGUACAUAUCAAAUGUUAGCUAUUUCUGAUCUUCGAAAUCAUCUAGCAAAUCAUCAUCAAAAACCUGAAUAUAAAUGUACGGAAGAAAAAAAAUUCACAAGUGUUGCAGAUUUUACUGAUUGGAAAGCAUCAUUUGAAAGUCGCACUGGUUCAAAAUAUGUUAAAAACUGUGGUGCCAAGGGAAAAUCAGAUAAUCAAACAACAGAAUAUUAUUAUUGUAAUCGUACAGGACCGUAUAAAUCAGUUGGUCAAGGUUUACGUCGUAGUAAAGCUCAGGGUUCAUUACGUUGUGGUAUACAUUGUACAUCAUCAAUGAAAGUUGAAAUACAAAAUGAUGAACAUAUAACUGUACAAUAUUAUCCAGCUCAUUAUGGACAUUCACAUUUACCAGCUUCUGAUGAACCAUAUUUAUCUGAAAAUAGUAUGACUAUUGGAGGAAUAAAUGGAAAUUCAUCAUCAACUAUUAUCAAUGGUCAUCAUCAUCAACAACAACAAGAUAAUGGACAAAAUUUAUUAACACAUUAUCCAUCACAUAGUGGUGAUUGUUCAUCGUCAUCAUCACCUGGGUCUUCAUCAACAAGUCCAUCAGGUGGCUCUAAUUCAAAUUCAAAUCAUCCACCACCAUCAUCGUCAUCAACAUUAAUGUCAUCUAUAGAACGACAAUCAAUGAAUACAUCAAAUACAUCAAUAAAAAACAUUAAUAAUAAUAAUAAUAAUAAUUCACUACAAAAUCAGAUGUCACAUUGUAUUAUAAUAUCACCGUCAUUUGUACUUGAAGAAAAUGCUUCAUCACAUUCCAAUCAUCAUUCAACACCGGUGCUCGUUGUUCAACAGCAACAACAACAAACGAAUCAUUAUUUACCAUCAUCAUUAUCAACUGCUAUUGUUGCUCCUACAACAAAUUUAGUAGUUAAAAAAGAAAAAUGUGUAUCGGAUAUCAUGCGUGAAGCAUUUCAACUUUUAUCUUAUUGGCCAUUAGAUCAUCAUCAUGGUCUAGUUACAGCAGAGAAUGAACAACCAAUUCAUCAUUCUCAUGUUAAUAUGGAUGAACAUCUCAUGUUCUAA